AUGUCAAUAGACACCAUUAUAACAACCCUCCUCACCCAACUCUCCAAAAUCUCUCCACCUCAUCCACUAUCAGAGAACGACAGCCUUCAACAACAUCAACAAAAUCACAGCAGGAAUGAUAUAUUCACCAACCUCUCUCCAGCAGACACAAUACAACUCAAAAACCUGUUAUUAACGCUACACUGCCUGUUCCCUAAUGAGCUGCUACUUGCACUGGAUAUACUGGAUAGAGGGUUCGUUAUGCGAUAUACCUACCAUGAUAACAACAACCUCAACAAUAAUAUCGACAAUGACAAUGACGAUACAUUAAUAUCCAUCGUCCAGUCAACCUCAAAUCAUGACCGUGACGCCGGCGGAGGAGGAAAAGUGUAUCACGUCCACCUCAAGACAUGGAACUGUUCCUGUCCUGCUUUUGUGAUGAAUUGUUUCCCGCCGUCGACAUCCGAUGAUAUCAAUGGCGAUUCCGAUAUGAUUGAUGAUGUGAUCGGAGGUCAAGAUUUUGAAGAAGACGCCUGGUUUGGAGGCACAAUCCGAAAUCGAGAAUCGUCCUACGAUGAUCGGUCUGUGCCUAUAUGUAAACACAUGCUGGCUUGUGUGUUGGUGGCUAAAUGCCCGAAUUUAUUUGGGAGGAAGUGUUUGACGUAUGAGGUCAACAAUACUGAUAGGGCGAAUGAGGUUGCCGGGUGGUGUGCCGCAUAA